AUGGCCCGCAAUAUUCCCUCAGUCAAGCUCAACAGUGGUGCUGCCAUGCCCGUCCUGGGAUAUGGCUCCGGCACAGCCUGGUUUAAGAAAUCGGGGGAUAAAGAGAUCAAUCGCGACCUGGUUGAGUCAAUCAAAACUGCCGUCAAGCUAGGAUACUACCACCUCGACGGCGCCGAGGUCUACAAGACGGAGGAGGAACUCGGGCUCGCUAUCAAGGAAUGCGGGGUGCCUCGCGAGCAACUGUUUGUGACGACCAAGGUCAUCACCUCGAUUGCCAACAUUCCCGGGGCGAUUGAAGCCAGUCUGAAGAAGCUACAGCUCGACUAUGUGGAUCUGUACCUGAUCCACGCGCCAUUCUUUGCGACGACCGAAAGCGAGCUGCAGACCGCUUGGGCCGCCAUGGAGCAAGUGAAAGAGGCCGGACAGGCGCGCUCCAUCGGUGUCUCCAAUUUCCUGCAAAGCCACCUGGAAACUAUAUUGAAGACAGCCACAGUCACCCCGGCCGUCAACCAGAUCGAGUUCCACCCGUACCUCCAGCACGGCAACCUCGUCGCCUGGCAGGAGAGCAAGGGCAUCAAGACCACCAGCUAUGCGGGGCUGAGCCCUAUCAUGCGGGUUAAGGGAGGGCCGCUGGAUCCUGUGCUGUCGCGCCUGGCGCAAAAGUAUGCCGUCAGCGAAGCGGAGAUCCUGCUGCGCUGGGUCAUCGACCAGGGUUGCGUGGCCGUCACGACCAGCGGCAAGGAAUCGCGCAUGAACAGCUACCUGCGGACGAUGACCUUCUCCCUGACACCGAAGGAGGUGGAGGAGAUCUCGGAGGUUGGGCGGCAGAAGCACUACCGGGCAUUCUGGAACGACAAGUUUGCCGCGGACGAUCAGUCGUAA